AUGCCGAUGCUCAUUGGUUCUCGCCGCUUUUUAUACCAUCUCCUGCCCACCAACCUCCAGUGUCAACGAUGGAUGAGUGUUUGGCCCCCAUCCAAGGAUCUUGCAACCCCUCAUACCUCUCAGCGGAAGAAAGUCACCAUCCAGACUCUCAACGCCCUUCGCGAGUCCAAAACGCCAAUCACGAUGCUCACAGCAUACGACUACCCCUCAGCUCUCGCGUGCUCGUCGUCGCCCCUCAUUGACAUCACCCUUGUCGGCGAUUCGCUUGCCCAGGUCUGCCUGGGGUACACCUCGACAACGCAGCUCACGCUCGAGGAGAUGAUUCACCACGCGCGGGCCGUCGCGCGGGGCACAAGCCACCCAUUCCUCGUCGCGGAGAUGCCAUUCGGGUCGUUCCACACCUCGGUCAGCGAUGCGGUCGCCAACGCUAUCCGGCUCGUGAAAGACAGUGGCGUCGAGGGCGUCAAGCUCGAGGGUGGGAGGGAGAUCGUGGAUGUCGUGCGCCGGCUAACGGCAAUCGGGAUCCCGGUCAUGCCGCACAUUGGGCUGAAGCCCCAGACACACGUCGCGACGUCUGGGUACAAAGUGCAAGGGAGAAGCGUGGAUGGGGCUAGGAAGAUCGUGCUUGACGCUCUGGCCCUCGAGGAAGCAGGAGCAUUUUCUGUGCUGAUCGAAGCCGUGCCGCUGGAACUGGGUAAAUAUGUCACGGAUCGCCUCAAGAUUCCGACUAUUGGCAUCGGAGCGGGGCCCCAUACGAGCGGACAGGUUCUCGUGUAUGACGAUGUCAUGGGGACCUGGUCGGGACACAAAGCAAAAUUCGCCCGGCGCUUCGCCAACCUGAAGGAGGCACGAGAUGACGCAGUACAGAGAUACUGUGACGCGAUCCGGGAUGGUUCCUUUCCCAACCCAGAAACAGAAAGCUACACGAUGGACAAGCUUGAAUGGGCGAAAUUUAUAGACAGUGAGACGUCACUGUUUAGAAAGUGA